UCUCUUCCGCGGAAUGGGAGCCGAUGCCUGCGGAAGACGGACGGCGGUUGAGCUCGGCUGCUGCCGAAAGUGAAAUGCAGUUUGGAAACUAAUUUGCGUAUAUUAUCGAAAAAAAAAGCAGGCAUCGGUUCAUUUUCCGCCCCUAUGUCGGGUCGGCGAUAUCCCUCUCCGCCGCUGGGCGCCGAUAUAGGGAGCCGAGCGACGCACACACUCCGCACACAGCCACUGGACGCCGGUGUAGGAUCCCGUCAGCCGCAUCUCCUCGAACGGCUUAGUUCAGCCCGCUUCACUGAAGAUGUUCAGUCGCCGAGUCGCGUUCUCUAUCAUCUGCGUGGCGCUGGUGCUAGUGCUGGUGACUGCAAGAAGCACAUGCCACGAAGCUGAAGAAAUUGGCCAAGAUCGCAAUCAUCGGCGCCGCCCUGGGUCCAAGGGUGAUCCCGGUUCCCGUCGCAUACGGCCAUCACGCCCACCACACCCACCACGCGCACUACGCUGCCCCCGCUCCCAUUCCUCUUCACGGCUGGCAUGGCGGGUGGCACGGCGGGUGGCACGCUGGAUGGCAAGGUGGCUGGUGAUAAGACCCCUGCGAAUGUGCCGCGACAGAGGCUUGGAGCACGGCAGGGUCUGUCUUACAGCCAGGAGGUUUCCAUGCCGACUCAAAACGAAACGUGGGACUUCCGCUCUUAAGCGUGACGAAUCACAAGCGUGUUCGUCGACGGACUUCGAGUUCAACGGAAGCAGCGGCUAGACAGCGGCGGCCGUUUGAUGAGGCGUAAGCCAGUGAUGGCAUGAGGGUCCUCCUGAUAACCAUACCUAACCCGCCACUGGCUUGCCCGGUGAAGAACAAGACAGAGAGAGAGAGGGGGGGGGAGGUGCAAAGCGGGGAGAUUAACCAAGCUUUGGCUCGGCUUCCUACCCUAUACUUAGUGUGGGGGAAUAACAGAAAGGAGAGGACAGAGAAGAAAGGAACAAGAACAUGUCUCGCGUUACGAGCUCAGGUGGAGGAAGAUGUGAUUGCCGUAGCUGUAAUAGAGGAAUGCAUGUUACUAGUCUUAUUGUAGUCUUAAUAGUCGCUAAUUAGGUCGCUGUAAUGAACGCCACAUUUUACACACCACUAAGGACGAGCUAUACGGUUUCAUCACUUACACACUCAGACAGGCCCAACACAGUGCCAGCUUCACAACCACAACUCGAAGAUUUGCGCAUAACUAGGAGCGGACGCUUUCAAUCGAGAUCAGUAUGUAUGGUUCGUGUCUUAAAUUUAGCUUGAAUAUUCUCUUCGCAAGCAUCGUAUUAGCACUAAUGCUGGCUUGAUGCAUCAACUAUCGCAAUCUUCGUGGUGAAUCAUACCUCAUGACUCGCGAAUUUAUCUCCUAAGUACUGAUGAAGAUGUAAAUAAAAAUCUUCUUAUAAUA